UCCAAAAUCAUGAAAACUCGUAUAGCUGUUGCCCUGGUUUUACAGUUUUUCAUGUUGCCUUCGAAAUCUUUGAAGUCAUCUUUAAAAGUCCGUCUUUAAAGUCUCCUCAAGUAACCAGGAAAGAAAGAACAGCGUGAAGAUCUGGAAAGGGCAUGUUUGAUCCUAAAUCAUUAAAGGUAGCCUAUCUAGGAGAAAAACCAAGUCGCCUUUGGAAUGCUAGUGGAAGGGGGAAGGCCCUGGUUCUCCACCCUGGUUAUUAGUUACCUAAAACAUAUUUUAAAAACCGCGUAUGUCCCUGCAGGACCCCAUACAUUCUGAUUCAAUUGGUCUGUGGUAGGAAAAAGUGGCAGCUUUUAAAAAUUUUUAUAAGCUUUUUGCGAGGUAACUCUAAUGUUAAAGCAGGGCUAUUUCCAAACCCCCUGGAACUCUAGCAGGCCAAUGACAAUUGUGUUGCACCUACAGACUCAUCACUUUAAUGCAGUUGCUUCAUGUUAUUAGAUAAUAUCCCUGCCCCACAACGCAGAAGACUAAGCUAGGAAAGAUGAUGUCAUACAGCUCAUCCCUCCUUGGAACACUGGAGCCUGAUGAGUGCAGCUCAGUUCCAACACUUGGGUCUUUAUUUAUUAUUAUUAUUUUUUGUAGAGACGGGGUCUCGCUAUGUUGCCCAGACUGGUCUCAAAUUCAUGAACUUGAAUGAUCCUCUCACCUCGCCUCUCACAGUGCUGGGAUUAUAGGUAUGUGCCCAGCCCUGGGUCCUCAACGUAAGACAUAGCACUGUGCCCCAACCCUCAACUCCAAGAAUGGCUACAUUUACUUCCUGCCUGGCACUGUUCUAAGUGCCUUACAUAUCUCAACAUCCCUAAUAGGUUGGUAUCAUCUCCACUUAACAGAUGAGCUGCUGGGAUCUGAGAGAGUUAAGUGACUUGUUAAGGGCACAAACCCGUUUCUGGGUGGGUCCGAACUCUUUCCCACCAUAUGCUGUCACUUACAGGCUUUGACUUUAUGCCCAGCCCCACUCAAGGAGCUGCCUCCUGCUUUCUAUUGCAUAAUCAAUAUUGACACCUGGUGUAGGGGCGCUCUGCAGGGUGGGGAAGGCCUGGCCUGGAGUGAGAGAUCCUAAAUCCCUGCUCCUCAGCAUCAGGCCCUGAGGAGGCCUCUGCCCUCGUGGUAGGGUAACCCACCCUCCUUCAUAGCUCAAAGGUCUGAGGGUGUUUGAGGGAAAGACUAGAAAGCCUAGGAGGCUUCUUCUACCUCUCACCCCUCCUCACUCCCAGUCCUGUGCCACAGGAUUUCACUCACAGCUCCUUCCACCCCCACCCUUCCCCUGAAAAUCUCACUGCCCUGUGACUUCUCCAUGUGCCACUUCCUGUGCGUCAGACCCCCACGAUCAGCUGCCCACUGCCUAUGGCCACCCCAAUUCCUGACUAGAACUACACUUAUCACUGCUCACCCUUCUCCUACUCUCCCCCUCUCAGAAAAUGACAGCACAUCCAGGAAACUCGGAACCACCACUAGCCCAGCGUUCCCUCUUCCCCAUUCACUCAGUUACCAAGUCCCCUCAGUUUCAUCACUCAAGAUAGUUGUCAGACCACGGCGCCUCUCCAUCCUCAUUUCCCUAGGAUAGGCCUUGGUGUCUGAGGCCAACCCUGCCUCAUUUCCUCCUAACCCCCACCCAGGCCUUGUGCUUUGUGUACCACCACACCCAACCAAAUGUAGUUAUUGCUUCUUUGGCUCCCAGCACUCAACUGAGCGCCCCAACUCUUCCUCACCUGCUGGGACACUCCAGCUGACUCCAGAUUGUGACGUAGGCGUUUACGUACCAGCCUUUCUCCAGGUUCAGGGAACUGACACAUCUUCAGCCCCGCCUCGCCGCAAGUCUCAUUUCCUCCUGACUCCAACCCAGGCCUUGUGCUUUGUGUACCACCGAACCCAGCCAAAGCUAGUUUCCGGACUUGCUCUUUUGGCUCCCAGGAGCCUUUAGGUACCGGCCUUGCUCCAGGUUUAGGGCGCGGCCACACCUCUAGCCCCGCCCCACCGCAGGCCCAACCCAGAGGCUUGCUUUCGGUUUCUCUAGGGUUCCUGGGCCCUGGACUUCAACCCGGUCUGCAAGCCCCGCCCUGAUUAGCUGCCUUCCGCACCGGUCGCGGCGCCCCGCCCUAAGGCGCCGAGGUUCCUCCCCUUAUCCCUGCAGGGAUUGGGCCUUGCGGCACCGCCCAGGCUCGGAUUGGUCCGAGGUGAGACCCGCCCCUCUGCCCACUUGGGUCUUCGGGACAGCAGAGGAGCAGUGUCCGGCCAUGGCCGGAGCCCGCAGGCUGGAGCUAGGCGAGGCCCUGGCGCUGGGGUCGGGCUGGCGUCAUGCGUGCCACGCUCUCCUCUACGCGCCGGACCCUGGGAUGCUCUUCGGCCGCAUCCCGCUGCGCUACGCCAUACUGAUGCAGAUGCGCUUCGAUGGACGCCUGGGCUUCCCCGGCGGAUUCGUGGACACGCAGGACAGAGGCCUAGAGGACGGGCUGAACCGCGAGCUGCGCGAGGAGCUGGGGGAAGCGGCUGCCGCUUUCCGCGUGGAGCGCACUGACUACCGCAGCUCCCACGUCGGGUCAGGGCCACGGGUUGUGGCCCACUUCUAUGCCAAGCGUCUGACGCUCGAGCAGCUGUUGGCUGUGGAGGCCGGCGCAACACGCGCCAAGGACCACGGGCUGGAGGUGCUGGGCCUGGUGCGAGUGCCCCUGUAUACCCUGCGGGAUGGUGUGGGAGGCCUGCCUACCUUCCUGGAGAAUUCCUUUAUUGGCUCUGCCCGGGAGCAGUUACUUGAAGCUCUCCAGGACUUGGGACUGCUGCAGUCUGGCUCUAUUUCAGGCCUUAAGAUUCCAGCUCAUCACUAGAGGCAGCCCUCCAUGGACCCAUGAAAACUGAGAUGAGGACCUUGGUACUAGGGAGGGAGGGAAGGACGUGGGAAUGUUUUCUUACUGGACCUAAGAGAUGAUACAUGAUACCAGAUUAAAAGAAGGAGAAGUGUGUACCAUA